UGUAUUCUCCCUGUAUCAUGACGCGAGGCUGGAUUCUCUUUCCAAGCUUCAUGUUUCCUUCUGCUUAAUCGAUCGAUCGUGCAGCUUUCUUACCAUUGAUUUUGUACUAUAUCUACUACUAAAAACAGUAUUUUUUCUUGCAUACUACGCAUCAUAAGUACAGAUCUAGUUCCAAGAUCUCGUAUGAUUUGUUCAAGCGGCUUUUUUUCUGCAGAUUAUUACUAAAAGUUUCCUAUUUUUCCUAUUUUCCUAUACCAAUCUAUAGGCACGCGAUAUAACGAGGUCGAUUCUCUAUAGGGCAUUGGGUGGUUGGAUUUCUCCUCCUCUCUUUUUCUCUCUUCUCUAUUAACUAGUAUUUCUUAUUUCACCUGGCAACAAGGAAGACCUCGUGGCUUUCGACUAGAUACGCUGAUAGUACCAAAAAGUGGCGUGCUCGCCCCGGGUUAAUCGUCAUGAAGUUCGGCGAGCAACUACGCUCUAGCAUCAUCCGCGAGUACCAAUGGUACUAUAUCGAUUACGAUGGACUCAAGGCCGAACUCAAGACCGCAUCGGGUCCGCUCAUAGAAAUCGACGAAAACGCCCCUUCCGAUGCUGGCAACAAGAAGGGCAAGGCGAAGGCUAGAAGCCAACAGAAGAGCAGAUGGACCGAAGAAGAUGAACAACGGUUUAUCACGCGACUCUGGGCCGAACUCGAUAAGGUGUAUACCAAGACCAAGGUCAAGCAAUCCGAGAUCCAACGUCGUAUAGCCGUAAGCGAACGAGAAGUCAAGGAGGUUGUUGCGAAGGUCACAGAACGAGGUUUGACAGAACAAGGUCCUUCUGAGGAGGAAUUUAUACUGCUUGAGGAAGACCUCAGCGAUAUUAUUGCCGACGUCCAUGACCUCGCCAAAUAUGUCCAACUGAAUUAUACCGGUUUCUACAAGAUUAUCAAAAAGCAUGAUAAAAUGACAAAUUGGCACCUCCGACCCUCCUUCGAUACCGCGCUUAAGAACAAACCCUUCUACAACGAGGAUUUUGACGCCGAAGUCGUCAAACUAUCCAAUAUGUACAACAAUGUCCGAACACGUGGUAACCCAGUCAAAGGUGAUAGUGCCGCUGGCGGUUCCCAAGGCAGUUUUGUCCGUCAAACAACUAAAUAUUGGGUGCAUCCGGAUAACGUCACCGAGUUAAAGCUUGUCAUUUUGAAACAUCUCCCUGUGCUAGUCUUCAAUGCUAGCAAGGAAUUUGAGAUCCAAGAUUCUGCUAUCUCGUCUAUCUACUACGAUAAUCCGGACAAGUGGGACCUAUACGAAGGCCGACUUAAGAAGACUGAGGGUGCUGAAGCUAUUCGUCUAAGAUGGUAUGGUGGCAUGCAAUCUGACACCAUCUUCGUUGAGCGCAAAACACAUCGCGAGGACUGGACUGGUGAAAAGUCUGUCAAGGCUCGAUUUGCUACGAAGGAGAAGAAUAUCAACGCAUACUUGAGGGGUGACCUACUUCCAGCAGCUCUUUUUGAGAAAGCUCGGAAAGAUGGUAAGAAGUCUGAAAAGGCUAUUGCCGAAGACGAAACCCUAGCCAAGGAGAUUCAAUACUCAGUCUUGAAGAACGGGUAUAAGCCUGUCUGUAGAUCAUUCUACAACCGUACUGCAUUCCAGCUUCCAGCCGAUGCUCGAGUUCGAAUUUCUUUGGAUACCGAACUCACGAUGGUACGAGAGGAUAAUCUGGAUGGCGUUAAGCGGUCUGGUGACAACUGGAGGCGGAUGGAUAUUGGUAUUGAUUAUCCAUUCUCACAACUUCCUCCGGGGGAUGUCGUCCGCUUCCCGUAUGCUGUCUUGGAAGUUAAGCUCCAAACUCAGCAUGGCCAAGAACCUCCUGAGUGGGUCCGCCAACUCAUUUCUAGCCACCUUGUGGAGGCUGUCCCCAAAUUCUCCAAAUUCAUCCACGGUACCGCUUCUCUAUUCCCUGGCCGGAUCAAGUUGCUCCCUUACUGGAUGCCACAAAUGGAUGUGGACAUUCGCAAACCCAUAACCCAUAAUUUCGGUAUUCACCGACCAACUCACUCGCAUACUAGUGGCACAACCUCAGAUGAUGAUGACGAUGAUGACAUUGAUUCUGAUGCUGAAGAGACCACCGACGCUGGAUCUGCCGGUGCCAUUAACCACAGAAAUGGCUUGUCACGUGGUGCCCAAGCUCUUGUCAUCGGAGACAUUGAGGGUCAAACUACAGAAGGCACAGUUACUAAUGAGGAUUAUCCCCUAUAUGACUCAGAUAAUGAAGUGGAUGAGGAAGAUGCACUUGAGGAAGCAAAGAGGAUUGGUGGGUGGACGUAUUACUCGACCCUGGGUAAGAAGUAUGCGGAGGCAACAGGCCGUGGGGCCCUAGCAGUUCUAUCAACCGUCACACCACGUCCUAGAGCUACUACGGUGCCUCGCAGCAACCGAAAUCAAAUGUUUUUCGGUGAUGCAGAUAUUCAAACGAAGAAAUUCAAAGCCCCGAAGGGCAAGAGGAUUUAUGUGCCUGUUCGAGUUGAACCUAAGGUCUAUUUCGCGGCGGAGAGGACAUAUCUUAGUUGGCUCGAAUUCUCAAUUUACAUCGGCACAAUCGCUGUCACGCUACUCAACUUCGGCAGCAAGCCGAAUGCGAUCUCGUUCGUCGUAGCUGGCCUCUUUACUCUCCUGGCUAUCUUAUCGCUCUGCUAUUCAGUUGGUAUAUACCUCUACCGAAGCAAGGGUAUCCGCGAGCGCAAGAUCAUCAAGUUUUACGACAGAGUGGGCCCCAGCGUUCUAUGCCUUGCCCUAUUUGUGGGUGUUGUUCUGAACUUCGCGUUUGAAGGACGUGAUAGGCAAUUUUGGUGAUUGAAUAUCUGGGUGUCUACUUAGCAUUUAGUUUGGAUCUUAUUUUGGAUAUACCAUGGAUAGCAAAAUUCUGUGUUGUCCGGACCUGUAGCGGUGCGAUGUGCGACGUGUAACUGUAUUUUAUCUUAGCUAGUAUGGAUGUGUUGUACAAAAGCGAUGUCGAAUGUGUGCGGAUCUAAAUGAUAGCUGUAUAUUUAACAGAGCAGACGGUUAGUUCGCGAUUCGUUUACGAGUAGAUAUCUUUUAUUCGCCAGCAGGCCUGCUAUGCGCCGACCAAGCCACCCAGCCACCAUAGGCCUAUAUAUCUGCAGCCCUACAUCUUGAUAUCCGUUUCUUUCAGC